GUUCAUAACAAUAGUAUGAAUUAGUGCAUGUUUGGUGUAAGAAGUACAUGUGAAAGGAAUAGAUUUGUUGACUUCGUCAAUGGCAGAUGAGGAUAGCGAAACGUCGGACGAGAGUUUGGACGCGGGAAGCGAAAAAUUCGAUCCGUUGAAAGCAUUGUACUCGCCGAAAAUGCGGUUGGCAUCCUCCGCGCCGAUCUAUGACAAUGUUUCGAAAUUCGAGUCCGUUCUGAAGGGUAUCAUCACAUCGACGAAAAGUAAUAAAUCGGCCGUGCCGGAAUCCUCGAGGCGGAGAUUUGUAUCGCAUCAAGAACCAGUGACUAGAGAAAAGCGAGAACAGAAGAAUGUACUCUCGAAAAUGCAAAGAAUGCUCGGCCCGUUAGGAAUGCUUCACGGAUGUAUGGAAGAUAAAAUUCGGAUUAGGGUCUACACCAGGAACGCGCACGGCAUAAGGGGACACGUGGAGGCAUACGUGGCCGCCUUCGACAAGUACUGGAACCUCGCGCUCGAGGACUGCUUCGAGGUCUGGUCCCGCAAAGUCAAGAGGAAAGCGCCCGCUCUCGGUGCUGAUGCAGUCAAAGUAGAGCCGACAGGAAACGACAUCCCUAGGGCGGUAGUGAAGAAGAUCGAGGGAAAGACUGAGACCUUGGAGAGACACGUGCCGCAAAUGUUACUGAGGGGAGAACAAGUCGCAAUAAUCGUCAAAAUCAAUUGAUGACUGCGUUACCCUCUUAAGGGCCGAUCUUAAACACAUGCCACGUGUAUUCAAUUACGCAAUCAAUUUUAUAAAAUGUUUUCCCGUUAUUCGCUAUUUAUUCAUUUUUAUGUAACGAUGCAAUUUUAUACGCAAUUGUAUUAUGUAAUACAGUAAUAAAUAUUUUUUGUAACAUCUGCA